CCUUCCUCCCAGAGCUGUUUGUGACAGUUUCCAGGCAGCUCAGGGUCGAGCACUGCUCCUAUCUGCAGCUGCAGGGAGAGAGAGGAGGAACCCCGUGCGAUUCUAGAGACGAUUGCACAACAAGGAGAAGUCAGCUGCCCAGCGGGCAGUACCGUUCUUCUUUGCCUGUCCUUGGGGAAAUUAGGGCUCUGAGAGUGGAGAUCCAGAUGGGCUAGUGGGUGGCGGAUGGGAUGCUGCACCGCCAGACCCUGGACGGUGUUUUCACCAUGGAGCAGCUGAGCUCAGCAAACACCCGCUUCGCCUUGGACCUGUUCCUGGCCUUGAGUGAGCACAAUCCGGCUGGAAAUAUCUUCAUCUCUCCCUUCAGCAUUUCAUCUGCGAUGGCCAUGGUCUUUCUGGGGACCAGAGGGAACACGGCAGCACAGCUGUCCAAGACUUUUCAUUUCAACACGGUUGAAGAGAUUCAUUCAAGAUUCCAGAGUCUGAACGCUGAGAUCAACAAACCUGGAGCGUCUUAUAUUCUGAAACUUGCUAAUAGAUUAUAUGGAGAGAAAACUUACAAUUUCCUCCCUGAGUUCUUGGCUUCGACUCAGAAAACAUAUGGUGCUGACCUGGCCAGUGUGGAUUUUCAGCAUGCCACUGAAGAGGCAAGGAAGACCAUAAACCAGUGGGUCAAAGGACAGACAGAAGGGAAAAUCCCAGAACUGCUGGCUUCAGGCACGGUUGAUGACAUGACUAAACUUGUGCUAGUAAAUGCCAUCUAUUUCAAGGGAAACUGGCAGGAUAAAUUCAUGAAAGAGGCCACGACGAAUGCACCAUUCAGACUGAAUAAGAAAGACACAAAAACUGUGAAAAUGAUGUAUCAGAAGAAAAAAUUUGCAUAUGGCUACAUCGAAGACCUUAAGUGCCGUGUGCUGGAACUGCCCUACCAAGGCAAGGAGCUCAGCAUGGUCAUCCUGCUGCCGGAUGACAUUGAGGACGAGUCCACGGGCCUGAAGAAGAUUGAGGAACAGUUGACUUUGGAAAAGCUGCACGAGUGGACCAAACCUGAGAAUCUUGAUUUCAUUGAAGUUAAUGUCAGCUUGCCCAGGUUCAAACUGGAAGAGAGUUACACCCUCAACUCAGACCUUGCCCGCCUAGGUGUACAGGAUCUCUUUGACAGUAGCAAGGCUGAUCUGUCUGGCAUGUCAGGAGCCAGAGAUAUUUUUAUAUCAAAAAUUGUCCACAAGUCCUUCGUGGAAGUGAAUGAAGAGGGAACAGAGGCGGCAGCCGCUACAGCGGGCGUCGCCACCUUCUGCAUGUUGAUGCCAGAGGAAUACUUCACUGCCGACCAUCCAUUCCUUUUCUUUAUUCGGCACAAUUCCUCAGGUAGCAUCCUGUUCUUGGGCAGAUUUUCUUCCCCUUAGAAGAAAGAGACUGUAGCAAUACAAAAAUCAAGCUUAGAGCUUUAUUACCUGAGUUUUUAAUGGUGCCAACGUUCUUCUAUCUUUACCAAUAAAACCAAUAUCCAGAAACAAAUCUUUUAUUUUCUUUUUAAGUUCGGCUCUGUUGGCUGUUUACACCCAUGAAUUUUGGCAUGGGUAUCUACUUUUCUUUUUUUACAUCGAAAAAAUCCAGUGGUUGCUUUUGAAUGCAUCAAGUAAAAGAUAAAAAAAGAAUACAUCAGAUGUGUAGAUUCUUGACCAUGUUGUGAUCUAUGAAAUUGCUAUAUCCUCCUGACAGCUAUGGGAAAACAUGAUAAGAUGGUCAUUUAUUUUGCAGUUAGAAUUUUGGGAGCCGUGAAAUAGACAGACACCCUGACUGUUGAAGGAAGGUUUAAAAACACAUAUUCAAUUGAAAUAUAAGAGAGCACCCCAACUGAGAGCCCAGGUUAUGAAGACAAACUUGUCUCGCCUGAUGUUUCUAUCCGUUGUUCUGCAGGAUUAGUAUUCUGUUACAGCCUUUAGUUUUUAGACUCUUCAAUUAAAGGGCCAAUGGUAAUAACCUGCAUUCCUUUUUUUGUUCUUCUUUAUGUAUAAUAUGUAGUUAAUGUGGCAGUGCAUGAAAUCAAGAAGUGGGUGUCUUAGGAUAAAAGAUGCCAAGAGUCUACAAAAAUAACCAUGUAGUAAGAUAAACUGCUGAACAAAGGUUUUAUUGUUAGCCACCUUCACAUGUAUUUUCUCUUUUUUUCUUUUUUUUCUUUUUUUUUUUUUUUUUGAGAUAGAGUCUUGCUCUGUUACCCAGGCUGGAGUGCAGUGGCAGGAUCUCAGCUCACUGCAACCUCUGCCUCCUGGGUUCAAGUGAUUCUCUUGCCUCAGCCUCCUGAGUAGCUGGGAUUACAGGCGUGCACCACUAGGCCCAGCUAAUUUUUGUGUUUUUAGUAGAGAUGAGAUUUUGCCAUGUUGGCCAGGCUGGUCCUGACCUCCUGACCUCAGGUGAUCCGCCCACCUCAGCCUCCCAAAGUGCUGGGAUUGCAGGCAUGAGCUCCCGUGCGUGGCUUUCUCAUGUGUUUUCUGAUUAAGGCUCUUGACUUCCUUCAUCCAUACAGGUUGUUAUGCCAAUAAGAUGGUAUUGUGCGGGGCUAUGUGGGGAGAUGGGGUGGGGGCUCUUGGACUAAUAUAAAACUUUGUCAAAUGUAGUUCUUUGAAUGGGGCUUGAAACACUGCAUUUUCUUGCUCUCACAAGGAUAGUGGGCACCACGAAUUAAUAAAAUGUCCGAGGAUUCUGCAA